UGAACGUGAUAUGUGUAUUCCUUGAUGAAGCAGCCUUACUACUAUUCUCACGAAACUCAAUACCUAAAUAAUUUAGUCGUACGUAAUUUCAGCUUAUUUUCAAUUUACAGACAUACAGUAUGUGUUCACCAACUGCGUUUGAAACUCGAUUGUAGUAUGGCGGAUAUACAAUUUGUUUUGUGUCUGACACUGAUUAUAAUUAGAGCCGACGUAUUAUGUUUUCGGUGUGACAGACGUCCCUAUGGCUCAAUGUCGCAAUCAUCAGCACCUGACGGCAGAUACAAACUGGAAGUGGAGGGAACAGAUGACACUUAUAUUCCUGAACAGCUUUAUAUAGUGCGGUUGACGGAAACUGACGGUGCCUCAACGUUUACGGGAUUCAUGAUAUCUGCUGAAGGAGAUGUUAAACAAGACCCGAAAAACCCGCGAAAACUGAUAGCACUGUCAUCUGGAGAGCUGAAACCACAGAGUACUCUAACGGCGAAGUACAGCGACCGGUGUCUUUACUCUGUGGAGCAUGCUGUGGCCACACCAAAGUCAGUAGUUGAGGUGUACUGGCAAGCCCCAGCUUCAGGAAACGGCUGUGUGACCCUCCGUGCCAUGGUGGCUGAGAACAAAGAUACCUGGUACGAGGACGGAUCUCCGCUGACCCUCAGGAUGUGCGAGGACAUGCGCCAACCAGACGACGUGACGCCGCAGCUCAACUAUGAGUGCCAGAUCUGUGACGAAGCCAAAUACGAGCUCACGUUUACAGGAAUUUGGUCAAGAAAUACUCAUCCACGAUUUUAUCCCGAAAAUGAAUGGCUACCACGGUACAGCGAUCUAGCUGGAGCCUCACACGCUGCUGACCUCAUUCUCUGGACUCCCGGUUCUCUGGCUACUGAUGGUUUCAAGGCUCUCGCUGAAUAUGCCAACACUACGCAAUUUGAGCUCGAAAUACGAGAGAAGAUUGGCGAUGGAGUGCGAACACUAAUUAAAGGCAAAGGCCACGGGUAUCGCAAAAUGGGCAAUCCCACAUACGCAUUCUUCCGGACCGAUAGAGUGAACCAUGUAGUGACUGCCGCGGUCGGAUUACAUCCCUCACCUGACUGGUUCCUUGGUGUGAGUAGGUUUGAGCUAUGCCAAGAGGAUAACACCUGGCUCCCUGAGAGAGAACUGAACCUUUAUCCCUGGGAUGCAGGGACUGAUAACGGCGUAUCCUAUGAGUCGGCCAAUUUUCCCACGUUUCCUCAAGACGCAAUAUCGCGCGUACAAACAAGUUCGUACGAUAAAAACUCGCCGUUUUACGAAAUGGAUAUGAAAGAUUUGCAUCCGUUUGGAAAGCUUCGUAUCAAGUUGGUAAAAGUGUAUCACAAGGAGUGUGUGAGCGAGGAAGAAACUGAAACAAAUGUUUCAACAGAGGGUACAACAACAACAACAGAGGAAGGGGAACCAGAGGGAGACGGCGAUAGUCCCUCAGAGCCAGAGGAGCCAUCCAGGUACCAAAACACAGAUCUAUCCGCCGAGCGUGGUGAAGCACCAUUAGUAACCGAUCCAGAAUCUUCGGAGGACUGUCCGAUGAGCCAGUGGCAAGAAUGGAGUCCAUGCGAGGGACCUUGUGAAGGUGGCAAGGUGACCGGCUACAAGUGGAGGGAACGGUUCCAUCUUGUGGACGGAGUAGCUGUCGAGAAAUAUGAUCCUAGUGCUAAUCCAUCGACAAGGAAGGAGGUCCCAAGGUUCUGCAAGAAUCACUACGAGGAUUUCGAGCGAGUAGAAUGUGAAGAUGAUUGUGACGGGUCUGAUGAGAAUGAUGUUAAAUAAGUCUUCCUAGUAAUCUUAAUCUUCUAAAAUUCAGUGUCCUAAUGUUUGUUCCCAGUGAACUCCUAAACUGAUGAUUUUAAUGGUAUUACUUCAUGGGGUGCAGUUGAGAUCAACUUGAGAGAUAGGAUAGUUUUAAUUUCGAUUUGGGACCUUUUAUUAUUUUUAUUCCCAAUAUUUGUUUUGUAUGGACAUAUUCUCUAUGUGAGAAUUUAUUGACGCACGGUUUGACAGUUCUGCUGUGAAACAAUUUCAUUCUACAGGAAGCAUAUUAUAUUUUUACGAAAUAAUUCUUGAUGUUAAGAAAUAUUAUUGACAAAUUCAUAAAAAACAGUAUUUUAUUUAUUAUGUACAGAACAACGUCCGUCGGGUUAGCUAGUAAGUUAUAAAGAUUACAGAUUGUUAUUGUUACAUAUUUACUUUACUGCUAUAGAGAAUAAUUAUGUGGAUAUUUCAGUUUGAACUUUUGCGUUUCAAAAGUAGGUAC